GCUUCUAUUGCCAUAUAAGGCAAACUCGUGUACUCUGCUUUCACAAAUUACUCACGUAUUGCAUUUAUAAAACAUAUAAAUAAUUUUGCUAACUUUAUUUUAUUCAUACAAUACAUUUAGAAUUUACCGAACUUUUAUUAUUUUAUAAGUUCUUUAAACUUAAAUAUACACGUUAUUUCAUUUUGUCCAGUCAAAUAAAACAAUCAUCGUUACAUACGAAUUUGCAACGGAUUUACGAUUUACAAAGGGGAGUUUUUGCCGAAAUUAACUUGACACGAGAUCAGUUCCGACCCACAAAAUGGCUUCAGGAGUAAAAGCAAAUAGUGAAUGCAAGAAGGUAUUUGAAAAGUUAAUGAGACCAGAGACAUCCCAUGUUAAGGAUGAGGGAGAGGAAGAAAUUGGAAGAUUUGUUAUAAUGAAACUGAAUGAAAACAAUUCAGAAAUUAUAGUCGAGUACAAAUCUAAGCCUGAAGAAACAUUUGAUGAUUUCAGGGCACUAAUGGAUGCAGCAGCCAAAGCUGGUGAAGGGAGAUAUGCGUUUUAUGACGUUCUAAAAUCAGACCAAGAUGAGAAAGCACAUAAAGGAGCAAAAGGAGAUAUGGCUAUGAUAGUUUGGUGCAGUGAUGAAGAAUGUGGUAUCAAACAGAAAAUGUUGUAUUCCAGUUCAAAAAGUGCACUAAAGAAGGCCUGUACUGGCUUUAAGAAAGAAUUUCAAGUUAACGAUUUGGCUGAUCUUACUUUGGAAGAAUUGCAAUCCAAAUUUAAGAAAUAAGAAAACCUUACUUGGGUUUCAUAUAAGCAAUACCAGAAAAACUUAUUUUUUAAUUAAUCUCUUGAAUAAGAUAGUUGAUCAGUUUUGUUUUUCAAUGUAAGCUCAAUAUUUCGGAAUCAAAUGCUCUGAAGAUAUUGUUUGAUAGAAUAGGACUUACAGUGUUAAGAUUUUAGUUGAAUGUACAUGUUUAUCAUGCUAUUAUUAAAAGGAAUUGUUCAAUGUUAGGUAUUUGGCUUCAUAUUUAUAUAGAUAUGUCUUAUUUUGUUUAAGAUUGGAACCAAAUUGAAAAUGUGGAGAUGUGACCAUGUUUCAUCUAAAGAAAUUUUUAUAUAAUAUAAAGACUUAAGUUUGGGACCAAAAUAUCAGUUUUUUGUGUGAAGUAAAACCUUUUGUCAAUGAAGAUCUAAUAUGUAAGGUAUUAAAUUUUAUUUCUUGAGCUGAUAUUACAGUUUAGUUUUCUCCUUUUAAAUUAGAACACACAGAAAUCUAUUGAAAGAAAUAACUAUGAUUUGAAAUCUCUGAUGUAAGAAUACAAUCAAUAUAGAGUCACACAGCUUAUUGUCAAAAUUCUGACCAUUGUAACUUUAAAUGGCACUUAAAACAUUUCCUUCCGGUUAUCAUUGAGAUAGACGUAAAUAGCUGAAAAGAAAUGCCUUUUCAAUUCUAAUUUCUUACCCACUUUUUAUCAACUUGAACUGUGAUUGAAUUUCAGAUGUACAGAAUUGUAGGCAUUACAUUUUAGGCAUUCAAUUUCUAAAAUGUUCAUUUUUGGGUUUCCAAAAUACAUUAUGUAUUUAUGAAACAUUCUUUUUGAAUUAUUUUUUUCCUUAAAAAUGCCAUGAAGUCAGGAAUUUGCUUUAUGAAUAUUGUUGCAAAAAAGUAUUAUUUCAACAUUCCAAAAGCUUUGUAAAUGUAUAUACUUGAUAUUGAUUUCAACUAAUUACUUGCAUAUUUCUUGACGUUUUUACAUAAUAUCAAUAAAAUGUAAAGUAACAAAUAAUAGACUAGAACAUGUUAUUUAAGUUUUAGAAGGAAUUGUGUUUUAUUGAUCCUAUGUCAUCAACUUUUGAAAAUCAGAAUUUUUCAUUAUUUUUCAUUUUAAAAAUAUCACCUGCGCAUGUAAAAAAACAAUAUAAAGACCAGCUAAAACUAACAUUUCUGACCAAACAUCAGUUGGAUUAAGUGCUAAAAUUAUAAAUACUAUCAGGACCAAUCACGUGUCUAUGUCUUAGCUAUUUUCUUGUUAGCGUCUCCAGGAUUUGGAUAUAUUUUCAGUUUACGAGGUAUACUAAAAAUAACAUGCAUUUGAGUACAUGACUAUAUCUAACCACAAAAGUUGGUAUGUGAUCUAUAUAUGCAUGUCCAAAGCAUGAUACUUACACAAUUGCGCAGAAAAUUCAUUUUAAAUUUUAAAAACAUGCUUCCCUGUAUUUUGCUUAGAAUGGUAUUUGUUUCUAUUCACAAUAUGUUAAAAAGAUCGGUUAAUUAUUAGCUUGAAGAAGAAAUAAACGUUCAAAUUCACCAUCUCUUUGAGAAAAAAUGAUGUUUAAAUAUAAAUUGCUGACAUUACUUAAUAACCUUUUUUAAUAAGAAAUACAUGUAAUGCAGUUUGUAAUAAAACCUUAAUAGAC